UCAGCCCCAGCCCCGCGGGGGCCGCGCCUCCUCGGCUCCAGGGCCGGCCGGCCGGCCGGACGGGCGGGCGGGCGAGCAAAGCAGCCUGGCCGGCGUGGUCUGCAGCGCGCCCCGCGUCCCAUGGAUAUAGCAACAGGUCCCGAGUCGCUGGAGAGGUGCUUCCCUCGCGGGCAGACGGACUGCGCCAAGAUGCUGGACGGCAUCAAGAUGGAAGAGCACGCGCUGCGCCCCGGACCUGCCACCCUGGGGGUGCUGCUCGGCUCGGACUGCCCGCAUCCCGCCGUGUGCGAGGGCUGCCAGAGGCCCAUCUCCGACCGCUUCCUAAUGCGAGUCAACGAAUCGUCCUGGCACGAGGAGUGUCUGCAGUGCGCGGCGUGUCAGCAAGCCCUCACCACCAGCUGCUACUUCCGGGAUCGGAAACUCUACUGCAAACAAGACUACCAACAGCUCUUCGCAGCCAAGUGCAGUGGCUGCAUGGAGAAGAUCGCCCCCACGGAGUUUGUGAUGCGGGCGCUGGAGUGCGUGUACCACCUGGGCUGCUUCUGCUGCUGCGUGUGCGAGCGGCAGCUGCGCAAGGGUGACGAGUUUGUGCUGAAGGAGGGCCAGCUGCUGUGCAAGGGAGACUACGAGAAGGAGAAGGAUCUGCUCAGCUCUGUGAGCCCCGACGAAUCCGACUCUGUGAAGAGUGAGGAUGAGGACGGGGAUAUGAAGCCGGCCAAGGGACAGGGCGGCCAGAGCAAGGGCAGCGGAGAUGACGGCAAGGAUCCCCGGAGGCCCAAGCGACCGCGAACCAUCCUGACCACGCAGCAGCGAAGGGCCUUCAAGGCCUCCUUUGAGGUGUCCUCGAAGCCCUGCCGGAAGGUCCGAGAGACCCUGGCGGCUGAGACGGGCCUCAGCGUGCGCGUGGUGCAGGUCUGGUUUCAGAACCAAAGAGCCAAGAUGAAGAAGCUGGCGCGGCGGCACCAGCAGCAGCAGGAGCAACAGAACUCUCAGCGGCUGGGCCAAGAGGUGCUGUCCAGCCGCAUGGAAGGCAUGAUGGCCUCCUACACGCCACUGGCCCCGCCGCAGCAGCAGAUCGUGGCCAUGGAGCAGAGCCCCUACGGUAGCAGCGAUCCCUUCCAGCAAGGCCUCACGCCGCCCCAAAUGCCAGGGAGCGACUCCAUCUUCCAUGACAUCGACAGUGAUACCUCCUUAACCAGCCUCAGCGACUGCUUCCUGGGCUCCUCCGACGUGGGCUCCCUGCAGGCACGUGUGGGGAACCCCAUCGACCGGCUCUACUCCAUGCAGAGUUCCUACUUCGCCUCCUGAGAGCCGGCCAGGGCGCAAGGACGCUUGGGCCCAGGGGCUAGGGGCCUGCCCCCGGCCCCACUGCCCGGAAGGACUUCACAGACAGCCAUAUGGUGCCCUGCCCACGGCCAGCGUGCCCGUGGGGCCGGACCAGAUGGGCAGCUGGGUGUGGCCUGAGCAGGGGCUGUGACCUGCCCACAGGGACCCAGAGGUCUCGCACAGCUACCCUCUCGUGUCCUGGCCCCAGCUCGGCCCUGUUGCCUCUUCCCUCCCCGUCUCUUUUUUGGGAAGCUUAAAUUCUCUCUAUUUUUUUAAAUGUCCUCACUGUGUCCAGCAAACCCACCUCUCCUCCCCCCCACACUCCAGGAUGAUGUCAACAUUGGGGCAUGGUGCCUGGGACCCAAGAAGCAAGUGCACCUGUGUUCUGCGCUCAUGCCCACCCUCCUGGCAGUCAGGGCAGGGGCAGCCUCGGGUGGCAGAGGAGGGAGAGGUUCCCAGCUGCUCCCGGAUUACCCCUGCCAGUCUGAGCCUGGGGCAGUCAGCAGUGGGUGCCUGGCUCACCGUACUUUGCCAGAAACGGGGUGACGAGCGGCUCAGGAUGUGUGUGGAGGGAGCCCAGGCAGACCCAGAGGGACAGAUGCACCUGA